AUGUACUGGCCCUUUCAUAAUCAUGGAGAGUGGUCACUCAGUAAAUUUUUAGUUGAGACCAUGACACAGACAGAGAUUGAUCAUUUUCUCAAACUGUCUUGGUUCAAUGUGAAAGAUAAGCCCGCAUUCUCAUGUGCUCGAGAACUAUUGUCCUGGAUGGACCUGUUACCUCCUGGGCCAAAAUGGCAGACCACACAGUUUGAAGUCCAGGGGUACACCACUGACACUCCCAUUCAUCUAAUAUGGUGUGAUGGCCUUGAAGUCACGAAGAGCCUCUUUGGAAACCCUAUUUUUGCUCAAAAUAUGUCUUUUGACCCUCUGCAUGUCUGGGAGGCAUUCUCGACACAAGAUCAGCUGCCUGAAGGGGCGACUAUUGUGCCCAUAAUAGCUGCAUCAGACAAAACACCAGUCACAAGACAGACAGGCGGUCUGGAAAUGCACCCUCUUUUCCUCACUAUUGGCAACAUCAACUCUGAUGUUCAUAUGAAGGCUACAUCCCACACUUGGCGAUGUGUGGUGUAUAUGCCAAUCCCAAAUCGCAUGUCUGGCACAAGUGUGUCGACUUAG